GUUGAAUGUGCUCCUGAUGGUGCAGAGGUGCUUCGAUUUCCUGGCUUUGAUGGCGAUCUCCCUUCCAAGCAUUAUGCAGGAAAUGGCAGCUCGUAAAGCUCUGGGACAACUAAUGCACAGCCUAACCAGACCGCUGAAUCCCAGGCCCACCUCCGUUUACACAAGCAAACUCCCGAAAGUCGCCGGAAAACCUGCCGAUUUCCAGUGAGAAGCAAAGUUUUGGGCGAUUUUGGCAGCACCGAGACAUUUUCAGGUGUCCACCUCGCCGGAGAUCUUCUCCCUCACCUUGGGCGACAUGCUCAUGGAGAAGAUCAGGAACCAAUAUCUCUCUGUCUCUGACAGAUGCCAGCAGAUUCGAAGAUUGGAACCAAAAUUUAACUUCUUUGGCCUCCCUCUCUCUCAAUCGAAAUCCACAGAAGCCUCACCUGUUAAUGUCAUGGCAGAGCAAAGAAAUCAGGCUGGAAUGAGAGCCACUGAAAUCCUUCUCUCUAUAAAACCCCAUAAAACUACUUUUCUUGAUACCCCAUUUCCACCAAUUCCACCCACCAGUCAGUUAGUACAUGUGUGUGGCCAUGGGCAUGUGUGUGGCCAUGGGCCUUUAAAUGGCCCUUUCAAGGUUGAUGACAAUGAAGAUUACCUUAUAAAUGGGGCAAGGGUCAAGCUGAAUCCAUAUUCUUGGAGUAAGGUGUCCAACAUGAUAUAUAUUGAUGCACCCGCUGGGACUGGAUUCUCAUAUGCUGAUAACACAGAUGACUACAUAGUUGAUGACCCUGAGAUCAAUGCAGAUAUAUAUGAAUUUAUUUUAAAGUGGUUUCUUGAGUAUCCUGAAUUUCUGCCGAAUCCAUUUUAUGUUAUUGGAAGCUCAUAUGGUGGAAUGCUUGUACCAGUAGUCUCACUACUAAUAGAUGAAGGACUUGAGGCAGGAACUAAACCAAGGAUAAACUUUAAGGGUUACUCAAUAGGAAAUGCAUUUACAGACAUCAGAAUAGAUAACAAUGCCGAGAUUCCAUAUGCCCAUCGCAUGGGACUCAUUUCAGAUGAACAAUAUAAGGCAUUGAAAAAAUCUUGCCAUGGAAACUACUGGAAUUCAAGCAUCCCUGACUGUGAAAAGAACAUGGAAGAUUAUAUGAAAACUGCGGGCGCGAUCAAUAAAUACCACGUCCUUUGUCUCCCCUGCCACUUUGUGAUGGGCAUCACCACCACGACAAACCUCAACAACAAAAUAACUCAGAGGAACUCUACAUAUGGGGAAAUGGUGUAUGAAACUGAUUGUGGUGGUGCAGUUGCUGAACAUGCACAUGGGCGUCGUCGCCUCCCAGAAAGGCAACAUCCUCCUGAUAGUAUCUAUUGUUGUGAUUACAAUCACCGGCCUAGCAUGCUUUUUAACUCGGAGUCAGGAAGGAGGGAUAUGCAUGCACAACCGAUAGAAGUAUCUGGAAUUUGGGAAAGGUGCACAAAACGUCUCACACAUCGUGUGGAAGAAAGAAGCUUGGUUGAGUACCACUUAAACCUCACCACGAAAGGUUAUCGGGCGUUUAUAUACAAUGGAGACCAUGACAUGGUUGUUUCAUAUCUCGCAACCAUGGAAUGGAUAAAAUUGUUGAAUUAUACAGAGAUCGAGAAAUGGCAACCAUGGUUUGUAGGCGACCAAAUAGCAGGGUACGCAAUUCAAUAUGAGCAUAAUUUACUAUACGCCACAUUCAGGGGAUCAGGCCAUACUGUCCCAGAAUACACACCUAUCGAGGGUUUGGAGGCCUACAGACGAUGGAUUGAUGGCAGUGAUUCCCUAUGAAAUAAGUGUUCAUUCAUUUCUGGAAAUUCCAGAUGAUUUCAGAUGCUGAGUUUCAUGGUAUGUGGUCAGAUGAUGUCUGAUGUUCUUAAUGGGAGACAUCACAAUUAGGACACAUAAUUGAUGCCUUUAACCUUGUGAGAAGUAUGUGAUAUACAUAUUAUUUGCACAAGUAAUAUUUUCUUGCCAGUAGUGUGAACUUGUACUACUCAAGAUAAUACUUAAAUUUUUCUUAUAAACAACAACUCUAGUAGAAUUUCUAUGUAAAUGAUGCCCUUGUC